GACCAAUCUUACCUGAUGGAAGUCUGACAUCCUAAAGCUUGAGAAUUUCCGUCCCGGGAAAAUCAUUUCCAUGUUUCAUCUGACUGAAUUAUUAUUUUUAUUAUAAAAUAGAGACGUCUUCCGCUGAAAUGCCGAUCUACACCACGCCCCUUCAGUUUCUCAAUCACCAUCAUGGUCUACAUCGGAACUACUCUUGUAGCAUUGCUUGCUGCAACUGCAAAUGCCGCUUCUCUCAUAAGACGUGACACCUGGGGCGGCGCUCUGUCUCUAGGCCCAUCAAAGUCAACUAUUAUCCAUGCCGUUACAACUCUAACUCCUGGUGCCGCACCCCCAGUUCAGAACGGAGUGCUAUUCCUCUGGCCAGGAAUGUCCAACGGCACAGGCGACCUGGUACAAACCACUCUUGAAUCAUGGCCGGAUAACUCCUGGUGUGGAGCAAAGACAGGACAGUGGUGCGUACGUGCUAGUGUGUUUGGGUGGUUUGGUCAGCUGGAUGGGACCGCGGGAGUAGUUUCUGGGUCGGAUCAGGUUAAGAUUGAGUAUAAGCUUGAAUCCAACCAGCAAACUUGGACUCAAACUGUCACAAAUGCUGUGACUGGUGCAUUAUUGAGCACCUACGCUUAUGAUUCUGGGCCAUUUAUGAGAGGCUACGGAACUGGAACCGAAUGCAAUGAUGGCUGCUCGGGGACAAUUGCCCCUCAGACGUACAAAAACACAGUCAUCACAUUGGCGGAAGCUGAUCCGACCUUUGGUAAUACUCUGGGCGUGUCUGGCGGCACUACCUAUACUGGCUUUGCUUCUUCUGAAGGGGGGAAAGUUUGGACUAUCGCCACUAUUUCGAUUCCGGCAAUGACAUAAAUCGAGUCCGUGAAUAAAGAACGAUCAUUUGGG